UUAAGUGCAAUUUUAUAUUCCUGUUGAAUAAGAAUGUUAUUAACUUGUUCUUUUCUGUGUGUGUGUGUUUCUGUGUGUGUGUCCUUUACUGUCCUGUUCUGUUCUGUCCUAUCCAUACCUUUAUAUCCAUUUUUCACUCAAACAUUUAUCUUGCUUCAAUCUCUACCUCUCGCCCAUUCUGUUCUUUCUCUUCCAAACCAAAAAACAACCUGCUGGCUGCUAAACCCCCAAACGCUGCUGCACUGCUUGCUGCUUCGCUUGCUUGCAACCCAAAACGCAAUCUUACCCAAAACGCAAAACCCAAAACGCAUGAACCCAAACGCAAAUGCAUGCUUGCUAACGCAUCUUGAAAAAUAAAGCCACCCGAAAAUACUUGAAACCAAAAACUCUUUGAAAACCAAAACCUGAUUGUGAAAAACCUGAUUGUGAAAAACCUGAUUGUGAAAAACCUGAUUGUGAAAAACCUGAUUGUGAAAAGCUUGAACAUCAAACCCAGUACUGAAACAUCACCAUGCCAAGAAAAGGAAAGAGAAGUGAAUCUCAGAAACAGCGCAGAAAGCUACAAUCUUCAUUGGGCACCACUAACAGUACCAACUCUGUAUCAGGUAUGAGUGAGGAAAACCCAUACGUGCUGUCUGUUAAAGCGUCUCACUGUCAGACCGAUGCGAGGUACAAUGUGUACUCCAGAGGACGUCAGUGUACUUGUAAUUCCUUAAUGUUCCUAGCAGUCCAUAGUGAAAUAAAUGAGCUACAGAGUUUCGAUUUAGAUGGCAUUUUACAGAAAGGUGAUGCAGUCUACACUAGAGUCAAACAAGCUCUGCAGAGCAAAGGAAAAUUUGUGGGUAAUUUUUUAAAUUUUGACGAGCUACCAAAGACAAUUGAGACAAACACUUGCUGCUACAACAUCCUGAAACAUCCCCAGAGGUUUGGAUUUCUGAGAGAUACCCCUGCACUUGGCAACUAUGCAAAUCUUGAGAAUACUUUGCAGUGUCUCAGAGCUGAAGUGAGUGAUGCGUUGCUGUUGUGUGGAAACUCAUGUAUCGCUGUAUUCAGAGAUCAAUCAGGGAGGUUUGGUUAUUUUGAUUCUCACUGCAGAUCAAUAUAUGGAAUGCCUGUUGAGGAAGGCACAGGUACAGCGGUAUUCCUGACGUUUUAUCAAUUACAGGAUCUUGUGGACAGGCUUUUAAUAUUGUAUCAAGGAUGUUUUGAUUUGAGAGACCAGGAAGCGUUUGAGCUGCUGCCUGUAUCAUUCAUUAGCAUGAUGACUGAAAACUGUGUGCGUACUGAAGUCUCCCUGAACUGCUGUGAUCUUGAACAUGAAGUGCAACCAUCUGUCUCAUUUGAGAACAGAGCUAUGUCAAAUGAUGAACAAUGCUCAUCUGCUGAUGCCCCACAACAGUAUGUACAAGUCCAAGAUCCAGUUCAACAACUCUCUGAGACUGCUGUUAACAGAGCCACAUCAACUGAUGAACAAGCCCACUUGACUGAAGUCUCCCUGAACUGCUGUGACCUUGAACUUGAUGUGCAACCAUCUUUCACAUUUGAGAAGAAAGAUCUGUCAAAUGAUGAACAAUGCUCAUCUACUGAUGCCCCACAACAACAUGUACAAGUCCAAGAUCCAGUUCAACAACUCCCUCAGACUGCUAUUAACAGAGCCACAUCAACUGAUGAACAAGCCCACUUGAUUUAUCAAGAUAAAAUGGAAGUUCAAACUACUGUUGCUCAAAAUCAAGACAAACAUAAAAAUGUACCAUUGAGUGAACUUUCUCAUAACAUACCAUCACAGGAUCAAUUUGCGUUGUUAGCUCCAAAUCACCAGAAUACACAAUUCACAGUCAAGCAAACAGAAAAACUGAACAAGACUCGAAAGCGAAGGUCUUACUGUAAAAAUUGGCACAAAGAAAUGGUUCAGAGACGAGGUGUUUAUGACCUAAAACAGGCUGUACGUGAAGUCUAUGAUUAUAAAACAAGUAGGGAAUACAGACAAAGACAUAACCAAGCCAUGAUGAACAACUAUUGGAAUAAAAUGACUUAUAGAGAAAAACACAAACAAGCAAUGAAAAACAACUAUAAAAAUAAUGAAAAAUACAGAGGGAAUAAAAAGAGUAAAAUAACCAUAAAUUACAAGAAUGAUGAACAAUACAGAGAGAGACAGAAGAAUUAUAUCAUUCAGAAUUACAGGAAUCGGGAACAAUUCAGAGAGAGACAAAAGAAUUAUAUCAUUCAGAACUACAGGAAUCGGGAACAAUUCAGAGAGAGACAAAAGAAUUAUAUCAUUCAGAAUUACAGGAAUCGGGAACAAUUCAGAGAGAGACAAAAGAAUUAUAUCAUUCAGAAUUACAGGGACAAUGUUAAGUAUAGGGAAAAGCUUAAGCAAAAUCUUGUUGACAGAUAUUUAAAAGAUCCAAUUUUUAGGCAAAGGCAAAAAGACCAUUACGCAAACCGAUGCAAAAAUGAUCCUAACUUCUAUAAAAGAAGGAAGGAAAUUUUUAAACGGUAUUAUCACUGUGAUGCUCAUUUUAGGAUUCGUCAGAAAGAAUAUUAUUUAUUCAAAUCUAAAUGCAAAACAUCUGCGCUUAAGGUACUUCACAAAGUACAUUGUGCACAAGAGAUACAGUACAAAUACAAAAAAUUGCAUUUGAUGCACCGGCAGAGAGAAACCGUACAAGAUAGCCAGCAUGAUAUGGUACAAGAUCCAGGCAUGUUGAGAACCUUAAAUGUUUUCAGAAAUGUUAUAAAACAGGGGCCAACUUAUGUCUGCACAUGUUGUGCCAGAGCGCUCUUCUCCAAUCAAGUGCGUAGUUGUGAAGUGCCUAAAUAUAAAAUAAAUCCUACAGUUGCUGCACUUUGCUUGACUGGAAACUAUGUUCACAUCUGCUCUGACUGCCCUGAUCGAUGUGCCUUGGAGAACAUGAAAACAGAAUGGAUCUGUCACAGCUGCCAUACGACACUUUUGAGAGGUCUAAUGCCAGAUAUUGCUGUAGCUAAUAUGCUUCAGUUCACUCCCAUUCCUCCAGAACUCUCUGAUUUAAAUAUUCUAGAAAGACAUGUCAUUGCAAAGUACAUUCCCUUUGCGAAAAUUUUAACACUUCCUAAAGGCCAACAGAGAGCUAUAAAAGGAGCCGUUAUUUCUGUUGCAUCUGAAGUGGAAACAACAGUAAAUUGUUUACCAAGGCCCAGAAGUGAAUCACAGCUGCUUACAGUGAAACUGAAAAGACGUCUGUGCUACCAAGGUCACUAUCAGUUCCAGACUUUGAACAUGCGUAAGGUCUUGUCUGCUUUAAGUAAACUAAAAGAAAUGCAUUCAGAAUAUAAAGAUAUCCUCAUUAAUGCAGCACUCUCAGAAGAAGAAAUGUUCAAUGAGCAUGAACAGUCCGCAAAUGACAUCAGUGCUCCUGAUGAGCAAAUGGAUGUUGAGAGCAGCAGUCAAAAUGAGAAUACUGAAGAUCAGAGCAAUGAGAAUCAACACAAUGAUUCAAGUGAUGACCCUGAGAAUACUGCAGAAGAGCAAUCGAGAGGCCUUGCUUUGGAUACAUGUCUUCAGCCCCCAGAUCUUGGUCAGCAGCUGUUGUCUUAUGAUGAUGGAAUAUUUUGCAUUGCUCCAGCAUCAAAAAAUAGUCCUGUUAGCAUUUUCAAAGUUAAAAAACUUGAAUCAAUGUCAUUCCCGGUUCAGUUCCCUGAUGGGAAAAAUACCUUUGAUGAGCCUGACAGAGCAAAACAUGUUUCCCCCAGCAGAUACUUUAACACAAGGCUAUUUUCUAUUGACAAUCGUUGUGCAAGAGACACAAACUACAUCUUCUUUGCUCAGUUUGUCACUGAAAUGCAUAUGGCCACAUCUAGUAUGUCUAUUCAGCUGAGAAAAGCAAAACCCAUGACCCGUGAUGGACGCAGAAUAAACUGUUCACUGCUGCAGGAUAAACAGGAGUUAGAAAAGCUUGUGAAUAAUAAGGAGGCAACACGUUUCAUGCAACCAUUAAGAGGGACUCCAGCAUACUGGGAGAAAACUAUGCGUGACUUAUUUGCUAUGUUGAGACAGCUGGGCACUCCCACAUUUUUCUGUACAUUUAGUGCUGCUGAGAUGAGAUGGCCUGAAGUGAUUACUGCUAUUAAAGCACAACAAGGUGAAACUGUGAACUUUGAUGAAUUAGACUGGUCUGAAAAAUGUGAAAUCCUGAGAAGCAACCCAGUCACAGCCAUGCGGAUGUUUGAAAAACGUGUUGAAGCCUUAAUGAGGGAUCUAAUCAUGUCACCCGCACGGCCUAUCGGUGAGGUAAUUGACUUUUUUUACAGAGUAGAAUUUCAGUUACGUGGCUCUCCGCACAUUCACUGCUUAUUUUGGGUGAAAGAUGCUCCAGAGUUUGAAAAUGAUGAAGAUCAGGAUGUUUGUGAUUUCAUUGAUAAAUAUAUAUCAUGCAAAUUACCAGAUCCAAACAAAGACCCAGAAUUGCACAGAAUUGUAAGUGAAGUACAGAUGCACAGCCGUAAUCACUCCAAAUCCUGUAAAAAGAACAAGAAGCACUGCAGAUUUGGAUUUCCUAAACCACCCAUUAACAGAACCACAAUAACCCGGCCCAGACCUCCUCCUGCAGAACAGUCUGAUGAUGAGAAUGGAUCAGAGGAAAGAGAUUAUGCCACCGUUGCAAAAGAACAGCUACAGAAGGUGUGGGAUCUACUGAAUGACUCAAGUCAGAGUUUUGAAACCAUUACACAGCUACUCAAUCAAGCAAACAUAACUUAUGAAGAGUAUGAGAAACAUAUUGAGGCUCUGUCUUCAUCAAGUUUAAUAGUUAUGGAGAGACGACCACAGGACUGCUGGGUAAAUGGGUACAAUCCAAUGUUAUUAAGAGCUUGGAAUGCAAACAUGGACAUACAGUUCAUUCUGAACCCCUACAGCUGUAUCAUGUACAUGCUCUCGUACAUUUCAAAAUCUGAACAUGAGAUGAGUGAUUACCUGAAGAGAGUGAUAAAAGACUCAAGCCAUGAUAACCUGUCUGACCGUGAGUGCAUGAAACAGGUCAUGAAUGCCUAUUCAAAGAACAGAGAAGUCAGCGCUCAAGAGGCAGUCGCUCGCACAUGCAGUCUGAAAUUGAAAUCAUCAUCACGUUCUGUCAUUUUCAUACCCACUGAUGACAAUGCUGUAAAGAUGAGUUUACCAAUGAGGUACUUACAGACCAUGGAUGAUGACAUGGAGAAUGUGUGGAUGACAGGAUUGCCAGACAAGUACAAGGCAAGACCUAAUAGGCCUGAAUUUGAGAACAUGUGCAUGGCAGAAUUUGCAAGUGAAUACCGCAUUGUUUAUGGAGGACAGACAAAAGGGAAAAAUGUUUUGCCACUUCAAAAAAAUAUGGGACGGAUACAGAAAAGAACAAGGGGAAAGCCUGCUGUUAUUAGAUUUGCUCGUUUUUCACAAGAAAAACAUCCAGAAAAAUUCUAUGGAACUCUUCUAAAACUGUACUUGCCGUAUCGCAGAGAUGAACAGCUGAAGUCCACAAGAUUCCCAACAUAUGAAUCAUUCUAUGCAUUUGCUUCAGUAAAACUACCAGGAACUGAUGAACUCCAGCGUGUGUUCAACAUUGUAAAUGAAAACCGUGAGAAAUAUGAAAAACAUAAUGAGGCUAUAGAAAAAGCAAUUGAGGAUUUUGAACAGAAUGGGCCAAUUGAAGAUGCUUGGACUACACUGGCACCUGCAAAUGAACUGAUCAGAUUGGAGAGCAUUAUGGAACGUGAACCCACUGAUCCUAAUGAAGUGAAUGAGCAAGAAGACGUUCCUGAAUACACAGCAUCUACCUCUGUCAGUAACACAGCUAUGCCACUCAUGGAAACUGCCCAUCUAAAUCAUGCACAGAUUCGCAGAAUGUAUCAGAGCUUGAAUCAAACACAAGCUUCAAUAUUUUAUGCUGUGCGAGACUGGUGCAAAAGAUGUGUUUCUGGUGAAAGCCCACAACAGUUUCUGUAUUUUUUGAAUGGAGGAGCCGGAGUUGGUAAAUCACACGUUAUUAAAUCUAUUUAUGCAGAAGCAUCCAAAAUCCUGCGUAGGCUUCCAUGCAUGAGAGAGCAUACUGACAUUUCUCAACCUACUGUUCUUCACAGCUUGAAGCCUCCUUACCAAGGCCUGGGAAACAGCUUGGAUGAAAUGAGGGCAGACCUUUCUAAUGCACAUAUUUUAAUUAUUGAUGAAAUCUCAAUGGUGUCAAAACAGUUGUUUGCAUAUGUGAACUGGAGACUGCAACAGAUUAAAGGAAACCAGAAACCUUUUGGUGGAUUGUCCAUACUCGCUGUUGGUGAUUUUUUCCAGCUGCCACCACUUGGAAGAGCAAAACCACUCUGUGUGUAUGAGGACCAUGUAUUGGACUUCUGGAAAGAUCAUUUUCAAAUGAUAACACUGACACAGAUAAUGAGGCAGAGAGAUGAUCUUGCAUAUGCUGAGCUACUCAAUCGUCUGAGGGUGAAACAGAAGCACGAAAAACUGACUGAUGCAGACAAGUGCAUGUUAGAAGCGGUCAUAAGAUCAUCCCCUGAAGAGUGUCCUAUUGAUGCAUUACACAUCUAUGCAACCAAUAAAGAGGUAGACAGUCAUAAUACUGAAGCCAUAUCCUCGCGCUUUUCAGAUAUCAUUAACCUCGAUGCGCAUGACUACAAAAAAGAUCCACGAACAGGUGAGAUGAAAAGGCAAGCUGUUCCAUUAAAAGGAGACAAACGUGAUCUAAUUGAUACACUACAGAUUGCUAUUGGUGCACGUGUGAUGCUUACUAGAAACAUUGAUGUAGAAGAUGGACUGGUUAAUGGAACUUUUGGCAAUGUGGCAAAAAUAACAGCUCAAACUCGAGGUGGUGUUCCUGUCAUUCAAUCAAUUGGUCUUCAUCUAGAUAAUGUGACUGCUGGACAGAAACAUCGCAACAAAGCACCUGAUGGAGAUGACAAUAUUGUCUAUAUUGAGAGGUCAGAGGAACCACUAAAAAAAAAGGAACAGUUCGAAGGCAAUUCCCCAUGA